AUGGAUCGUGCCUCGGGCUCAGUUGCACAUCCACCAUAUUUCGAUGGCAACAACUAUGUCGUUUGGAAGCCCAAAAUGAAGUCGUUUCUUUGGUCCUUAGAUGAACGUGUAUGGAAUACAGUGGUUCAUGGAUUUCCUAAACCCACAAAGAAGAUUGGAAAAGGAGAUGAAGAAACCACAGUCCUCAAAACUAGAAAGGAGUGGACCAUUGCAAAAGUCACACACAACACUAAUAAUCAAAAAGGGUUAAAUGCUUUAUUUACUGCUGUCUCUUCCAAUCAAUUUGAAUAUAUAUCUGGUUGUGAUACUUCUAAGGAAGCUUGUGAUAUUUUGCAGGUUACUCAUGAAGGAACAGAUACUGUUAAGGGAGCCAAGCUUCAAAUGCACACUUUACAGUUUGAGACACUCAUGAUGGAUGAGAAUGAAACUUUUUCUGAAUUUUAUGUUAAACUUUGUGUAAUUGUGAAUGCUUGUUCAAGUUUAGGUGAAAAUAUUCUAGAAGAUAGGGUUGUGAAAAAGAUAUUGAGAUCCUUGCCUCAACAGUUUCAACCAAAGAUCACGGCUAUUGAAGAGAUCUGUGACUUGAACACCUUGAAAGUUCAAGAACUCAUAGGGUCCAUACAAACCUAUGAGAUGAAACAUCUAGCUCCUAAAAAGUGCAAAAGUGUUGCUUUCAAGGUUGUGAAUGAAGAAGAUGAUGAGCAUUCAGAUGAAAAUUGCAGUGAUGAGGAAUUAACGAUUCUAACAAGACGAUUCAUGAACUUUCUCAAGAAUCAGGAUCCAAGUAGUCGAGAUUCAAAAGGUAUAAAUUCUAAAAAUAGGUUUGUUGACUAUACUGAUGGUGGGUCUAAAUCUCGCAGCACCUUAAAUAAGCAGAAGGAUGGGAAGAAUAAGGCACUGCAUGCUACUUGGAGUGACAGUGAUUCUGACUCUGAAAAUAAAGAGAAGGCCAUUGCACUUAUCACGACUGUAAGCUUGGAUGAACCAACGAAGAAGGAUGAUGAUUGUGAAGAUAUGGAUGUUGUGUUUAUCAUCAACAAAUAUGAUGAUUUGUUGGUUGCUUCUCAGAAACUCAGCAAACAAAAUGAAGAGCUCGUAAGUUUGAUUGAUUUAUUUGGUGCAACCAAGACACUUCUUGAUGAAAUAGGUCAUAAUGGACCUACAUCACAAUUUCGUGGGAAGCUAAGAGUAUUUAUAUUGCCAUGA